AGGGCCUACGCAGACCGGGACGUCAUGGCAAGGGAUUUUGCCGUGAGUCAGCGCACACCGGCUGCUUAGAUACCGCGGCAUACCAGCAUUUUACCACGGCAUGCCACGGCGUGCCGCGGCAUUCCAGCACUUUGCCACGGCAUGCCCCGGCAUGCCCCGGGGUGCCGCGGCAUGACAAAGCACGCCUCAGCGACUCCUGCUGCCUGCAGUCUUCAGUUGCGUUUGAUUGAGUGUUGGUGUGCCUCAGUUUUACAAUGGUAGAUUGGGAUUUAGUGUUGAUAUCGAUUAUUGCAGAUGAAGAAGAAAGUGCACAGGCUAAUAAUAGGAAUAGAAGAAGAUUUUGGGUUGAUAAUUUAUGGAAAGAAAGGGAAUCAAAGGGUGAAUUCAAUAAUUUAUUUAAUGACUUAAAAUACGACGUGCAAAAAUUUUAUGACUAUCAUAGAAUGGAUUAUGAGAAAUUUCAAGCACUGUUGAAUAUAUGUCGACCAUAUAUCGAAAAACAGAGGACCAAUUUUCGCAACCCCAUUGAAGCCGAUCAAAGAUUAUCCUUGUGUUUGAGAUUUUUGAUCACGGGAAGUAGCUUCAAGUCUCUAGGUUACAGCUAUCGUAUGGGGUUUAGUACAGUGCGCUCUAUAGUACAUGAAACUUGCCAAGUCAUUUGGAAUGUCCUAAGGCCUAGUGUUAUGCCAAAACCAACAAGGGAAAAAUGGACGCGAAUCGCGAUGGAAUUUGAUGAAAAAUGGAAUUUCCCGAACUGCAUCGGUGCAAUAGAUGAUGUAGGAUCAUAUGGACGAAAUAGUGAUGGAGGUAUAAUGCAAAACUCAAUAUUUGGAAAAAAAUUGACUUCUAAUGCCCUCGAUAUUCCCCCAAAAAAACGUUUACCGAGGACAGAUCUUGAGUUGCCCUAUGUUUUUAUAGCAGACGAGGCUUUUCCGUUAACCACAAACAUUAUGAGACCAUUUAGUAGCGACCGAUUGACAGAUGAAGCAAUGAAAAUAUACAAUUAUCGUUUGAGUAGAGCCAGGCGUAUCGUCGAAAAUGCAUUUGGUAUACUUCAAGAACGUUUCGAAUUAUGUCAAAAAGGAAUUCAGGUUCAACCAAAAUAUAUUGAUAAUAUCAUUUUAGCAUGUACUUGCUUACACAAUUUCAUCAUAGGUGGUACAAGCACAGAAAGUCAAAGUAUAGCAAGUGUAAGCAUUAAUUUAGAAAACGAUAAUAAUAUGAACAAUGCAUUAGAUGGUACGACAGUACGGGAGAUGUUUAAAGAUUACUUUAACUCUGAUGAGGGCUCGAUUCCAUGGCAAAACGAUAUUGUAAGGGUUGCUACACACAUAGGCGGGUCGGCACUGUCGGUUCGGCAGCAUUUGUCGAUCAACAAAGCCGACCCGAAGUAA